UCUCGACUUUUGUUUCCGCGGUGGAUAAUUUCUAGACAAAUACUGGGCCACGGAAACUCAAGCAAGUAGAUGCUCCACUGAUGAUCAGAGGGGAUAGAAACAACUAUUCGUCUCAGCCAUGUCAUAUGUCUUCAGGCAGGUCAACUUGUGUCCUCUCCCUGCUGAUGGUGCGGUGUCCGUCGCAGCUGUAGUCAACUAGAUUAACUUGGAUAUUACUCCAGCUCUGGUAGCCUUGGCACACAACUGGCUAAGAAAAUGCAGAAAGUGGCCCUGUCUGCCCUGUGAUGCCAGUUCCGUUUUGGAAUUGCCAAACCUGGCCGCAGAAACGGCAGCUUACGUGAGCUGUGCACCUCACAAUUGGAUGGUCAUUGUGUGGCCUUCGAUGCAAGUUUUUUAAGGAGGUUUGCUGUGCUGUGCGCUGAUUUUAUCCUACCUCCACGAUUUCGAAGUGUGAUCGUAUUGGAACGACGUUCUUUGUUCUUCACAAUGUCAUACAGAGAUCCUCUUUUGUUAAUCCAGUGGGCAAUAAUCCAGUUUCCUUCCAAGUCCGAUAUAUGUAGAACAUUCAUCAUGUCGGAACAGUCGGAAUUAACGAUGAAUGACUCGAUCAACAACAUGUUGGUGGUCUCUAGCGGGAGCAACUUGAACCCGAUCGAAAGUUACGAUCCAGAGGCACUUCGUAAUUCAUUCCACUCGGAAAUACGACCCAUACUAGAUGUGUUGGACAAACUCCGAACGCAAGGUAUCACGGAGGAGAACGUGAACAUACCAACGAUCGUGGUCGUCGGCGAUCAAAGCAGCGGGAAGAGCAGCGUGCUCGAGUCACUCGCAGGUAUCACGCUGCCUCGAGGGCAGGGGAUUGCUACUGGGGUGCCUCUCAUCCUUCGACUCCAGUCUUGCCUCUCCGAACAGAAUUCCAAAAUUCUAAUGGAGUACGGAAGUGUCAAAGAAAUGAGAAUCAACUCAGAGGACGACAUCGAAGCAGCUAUCAAUGCCGCUACGGAUGACCUUGCCGGCAGCAACAAAAACAUCAGAAACACUCCGAUUUCCCUGCACAUCCGAAAGCCGGACGCACCCGACCUUCCCAUGGUGGAUCUCCCAGGCAUUACACAUGUACUAGUUCAUGGUCAGCUGGAGAAUAUUUACGAGGAGGUUCGUGACAUGAUAAUGCGCUACAUAAAACCCGAGGAGAGCAUAAUCCUGAACGUCCUCCCAGCCGAGGUUGAUUUUUCCACCUGCGAGUCCAUCCGGCUUUCUCAGACUGUGGACAAAAAGGGCGUGCGCACGCUGGCGGUUGUCACGAAGGUAGAUAAAGCGCCGGAGGGAUUGUUCAAGAAAGUGACCUCGGAUGCCGUCGGCAUUGGUCUCGGUUAUGUUUGCGUGCGCAACCGCACACCUGCCGAUGACAGCAUAGCUGUGGCAAGGUGUCGAGAGUUAGAGUUAUUUAAUGACCACCCGGACCUCAGAAACAUAGACCGAAGCAUGGUUGGCAUUCCCACCCUUGCGCGAAGGCUCGUCAAGAUACAAUCGGACAUGGUGAGGGGAUGCUUACCUCGCAUCCGCGAUCAAAUACACGAAGCGCUCUAGAAGCGGCGUCAGGAGAUGAG